CCAGCGCUUCGAAUGCACUGCUCAAAACCCUCCGAUUUGUGGGGUUUCUUUGCAUAAUUAAAGAAUUCUGAAAAAACAUCAAGCGAUGACGCCGGAGACUGUGACGCUGAUUCUAGUCAACCUCGCCGGAAUUAUGGAAAGAGCCGAUGAGUCAUUGUUACCGGGAGUUUACAAGGAAGUCGGUGAAGAACUCCACGCUGACCCGACCCGUUUGGGUUCAUUAACCCUUUUCCGAUCCAUGGUUCAGGCGUCUUGCUUCCCUCUCGCCGCCUAUUUGGCGGUGCGCCAUAACCGUGCUCACAUCAUAGCUUACGGUGCUUUCCUCUGGGCCGCUGCCACUUUUCUCGUUGCCUUCUCUUCUUCGUUUUUUCAGGUUGCAAUAUCCAGAGCGUUGAACGGUAUUGGUCUUGCGAUAGUUGCACCGGCCAUCCAAUCUUUAGUAGCCGAUGCAACCAACGAUGAAAACCGUGGUACGGCUUUUGGGUGGCUGCAGCUAACUAGCAACCUUGGCUCGAUCAUCGGUGGACUCCUUGCGUUAUUGAUCGCAUCUACCACGUUCAUGGGGAUCGCCGGUUGGCGAAUUGCGUUUCAUCUUGUGGGAAUCAUCAGUGUCGUUGUGGGGAUCUUGGUUCGCCUUUUUGCUGAUGACCCACGUUUUUCAAGAGGCAUAGAACCUGAAAACGUCGUAAAGAGUCGAUCUUUAUGGUCGGAAAUCAAAGAUUUGAUGCAGGAAGCGAAAUCGGUGGUAAAGGUUCAGUCUUUUCAAAUUAUCGUAGCUCAGGGUGUCACUGGUUCGUUUCCAUGGUCGGCAUUGUCAUUUGCGCCAAUGUGGUUGGAACUCACUGGGUUCUCUCAUAAGAAGACCGCUUUCUUGAUAUCUUUAUUUGUGCUCGGUAAUUCACUCGGGGGUUUAUUUGGGGGUCGGGUUGGCGAUCUUUUGUCGAAACAGUUUCCGAGUUCGGGGAGGAUCCUUUUAGCGCAGAUUAGCUCCGCGUCCGCUAUUCCUUUAGGGGCGUUGCUUUUGCUGGCAUUGAAGGAUGAUCCAUCGGCUUUGUUUGCGCACGCAUUUGUGUUGUUCGUUACGGGUUUCUUCAUUUCGUGGAAUGCUCCGGCCACAAACAAUCCUAUUUUUGCAGAGAUUGUACCCGAGAAAUCACGAACGAGCAUUUACGCAUUAGAUCGAUCAUUUGAGUCGAUUCUCUCGUCAUUCGCUCCUCCGAUCGUCGGUAUACUGGCUCAACAUGUUUACGGUUUCGUACCCGUUGAAGACGGUUCCGAAAGCAUCGCAACGGACCGAGGUAACGCGAGAUCAUUGGCGAAAGCACUCUACGUUUCGAUCGGGGUUCCGAUGGCAUUGUGUUGUUUCAUCUACUCGUUUCUGUAUCGAACGUACCCAAGAGACAGGGAACGGGCCCGGAUGGAAGCUCUUAUUGAAGCCGAGAUGGAAACGAUGGAGUCGGAGGAGCGAGAGAGGAAACCGAGGUACAAAUUUGACGAUGAUUUUUACGACAAAGAUCAAAUGAGUAUGGAGAUGGAGUAUGGUGGUGGAGAGGAUUCAAUUGGGUUAGAUGAAAGUGAUGAGAAGAUGUUGCUUUAUAGACAAUUGACAUUUGCAAAUAUGGUGGUUUAAGUAUAGAAGACGAGCCAUGGUGGGUUUUUGUAAGGGUUCGAGAUAGUGGUUAACAUGGCUCGAACCCAGUCCACGAUGACGAAUAUGGUUCAUAGCAUUCAGGUAUAGAAAAUGGUUCAAUGGUGGUACAGAAUGGAGAACUUCAUUUUUGGUAUAUUUCUGCACAUGUAGGACAGAUUUUUUAUUUAAAUAUCUUUUUUUUAAGUUCAAUAU